UUUUCGACAAAAAAUUUAGUUGGAGCUCAAGUUAUGUCUAACGAAGCCUGUAUUAUCAUCAUUGAUAAUUCAGAACUGUCGAGAAACAGCGAUUUUACGCCUACGAGAUUUCAGGCCCAGGUGGACGCCAUUACGCUCAUCAGUCGCAACAAAACUGCGGCUAAUCCAGAAAAUGUUGUGGGGCUUGUUGAUACGACGGGACCGACCUGUCACAUGUCGCUGGUCACCGACAGGAAUAUAGGAAAGCUGCUGUCGAAUCUCCACAAAAUUAAAAUCAAGGGAGAGACGAACUUUUUAGGUUCUGUCAAAGUCGCUCAGCUGGCGCUGAAGUAUCGACAGAACAAACGUCAAGAUCAGAGAAUUGUGGCAUUCAUUGGCAGUCCCGUGUCCGAACCCGAGUCCGAGCUGAAGUUGUUCGCGAUGAAGCUGAAGAGGAACGGAAUCAAGGUGGACGUGGUUUCGUUCGGAGAAUACGGGGCGAACGCAGAAAAACUCAGGGCGUUUGUAGAUGAAGUCGACAACGGUGGAAAUUCCCACUACGUUGAGAUUUUGGGAAACGGCUCCGCGAGCUUGACGGAGGCGCUGGCCAACACGCAGGUGUUCGCAGAAGACAUGGUCGCUACGGUGGGCGACAACUUGGACGACGCCGUGUUCCAGAUGGUCCUGAGAAUGUCCCUAGAAGAAGCGCAGUCUUCCGGCGCGAUUCCUCCCCCAGGGGAAGAAAACACGAACCAGAGCUCAAGCGGCAUUGCGGAGUCUCUGAAUGGCGAUAUCAUGGCUCAGGACAGCGACAUGUUGGCGCAGACGAUCGCCAUGUCCAUAGAAGACACGAACUCGGCAAACAACGGAAUGGACAUCGAUCUGUCUAAUGUCGAGGAUCCAGACUUGGCGCUGGUCCUGCACCUCUCCAUGCAAGACGCUCAACCUUCUUCCAGGCCAGAGGGAGAAAGCAGAAACGACGAACAAAAGGCGGACUCCAUGGAUGUCGAAACAAGCGCUCCCGACGCACAUUUUGCAUCUAACGACCACCCGAACUCGUCGUCCUCUACAUCCCCCACGGACACAAGGGGAAACCAACAAGACUCGUCCAGUACGUCCGAACUCAUGAGUAACAUCAUCCGUAACCUCCCGGGAAUAGAUCCUAGCGACUCAGACAUUCAAAACCUGCUAUCCCUUCUUCAAGAAGAAAAAGAAAAAAAAGAUAAAGAUCACAAAGACCAUCACUAAAUAGACACCCGCCGUAUGUGUAUGUAUAUAUG